CCCAAAAAAAACAAAACCAAGAAAAAUGUAAAAAUAAAGAAAGCAGAAAGAGUUUCUCUCUCGACAAAUAAACCCUUUCUGUAAAACCCUAGCCCCAAUUUGUGCAUCGUUAAACCUUCGGAUUCGCCAUUUGCUUGGUUGCUGCUGCAGUCGGAGCUAAAGCAUCAAGUUCCAGUACACAGGCUUAGCUUCUCCAGGUACGCCUCUGUGCUCUUCCCGGACAAUUAAGGUUGUAUGUGCAUUUGAUAUUUGGUUGCUCGCCGCCUUCUUGUUUCGGGCUAAUCUCUGAACCUCUGCGGCCAACGUGUUCUUUUUUCCUCUUUCGAACUUGGCGUUUUCAAUGGCGGUUUGAAGCUAUUGCUAGUUAGUGGAAAAUCGAUUUGCCUUAUGGGGUUUUUACCUUCUCUUUGUUUGGUUGUGUUGUUUUUCUCCAGCUUUUGCUUGUUUCCUUGCGAAGUAUUUCAAGCUCCCAUUUCGCCACUCUUUGCCAUGUCGUUGCUGGAAGUGAUCACAAAGGCUGCUACCACAUCCAAAGAUACUGCUAACCCGUCAGAAUACCCUAUAAUCCUAAAUCCAGAUGACACUUUUCUGAAUUUGAAGCCUCAGCUUGAAACCCCAAAUGCUGCUGUCCUUGUUAGCCCGGUAUCUGGAUGGCAACUCUCUCAAACUGACGCCAAACUCCUCGACCUUAGCAAGAAGUUCCAUGCAAAGCUAAAGCGGAAGCUCAAGGACACCAACAGUUUCAGUAAAGACAAGUUCAUUACAAUGUUGAAGCCAUUUCUCGAGGAAGUUAAGGAGAUGUUAGGGUUCACUGUUGCCGUCGAUUCCUCUAACGAUGCAGAUUAUACCUGUGCAUUGCUCCGGAAGGUAGGGAUUUUUAUGGGUCGAGAUGUAGGGAGUUUGGUUCUCGAAGCAAGUCUCAAGUUUGAGAUAUGGGACAUGGUGGAGACGUUGAUUGUUAACCGGUUAGUUGGCCAUUCGUGUUAUUCAAGCUUGGUUGAGAGCCUGAUUUCCCAAAAGAGGUCUGAUUUGCUUUGCCUAUGCAUCAAACAUGCCACUGAUCUUGGACUGUUGGAACUGAUUGGAAUUCUCCGGUUUUUCUUGUGCCCAUCAAGAGAGGCUUACAAUACUAUGGCAGAUGUAAGGAAAGAAUGGGAAAGCCAAGCUUUGACUGCCAUUGACAAAGCAAGUGACAUGAGCUUGGUGGACAACAAGAAGGCGAGGUUGGCUAAAGAGGCUGCAGUUCUGCUUAUGCUUGCUUAUGAUAGCUUCUCUACUUCCGAGCUCUGCCUGCAUUACUUGCUAGCAUCUUCAAAUAUUGAUGAGGUGAUUAUGUCAUCAGCGAUUGGUAAGUUGAGCAGUAGGGAGUUGAUGAGCUUGGUAAGAUACUUGGGGAAAUGGUUGAAGAAAUAUGAAAGAUUUCCUGAGGUGGUCCCUUGUCCCAAGGCUUCUAAGGCAUUAGGGUUAAAAGCUUGUGAUUGGGUUCCUAAACUUGAGGACAUUGUCAGAUGUCUUGGGUUGGUAGUGGAUGAGAACUUCUCCAGUUUGAUACUGCACACCCAGUUUCACGAAGAGCUGAAAGCAAUUAAGGAUUGCGUUGGCUCUCUAGCCUCGGAAGCCCCACUCUGUAGUUCUAUAGCAACUUCAAUAAGUAGAAUAAGGAGUGAAGCUAUAGGUGAGCAGAACUAGGUUGUCUUUUGUAACGACUGUCUUUUUUUUGCAUUUGAGGUAAGGUGUGGAUAGUUGAGCACAAACUCGAGGGAAAGAGUUUUCUGUAUCAUGGCACAUGAUAUUCUCCCUUGGGAUUCCAACUAGUCCAAUUUUGAUUUACUGAGAUUAUUAUACCAGUUAAUGCUUCUAUUUGACAUUUGUUUUUUUGGCAUGAUUGUGUUCUGAAGUGAUAGUUCUAGCAAUGGCAUUCUUUGUGGUAUCGUCUGGGUCCAAUCAAUGGGCGGUUUUUUUCAUUUGAUUUUGAUCUAUGGAGUCGAUCGUCCUUUCAAAUUAAGAAUCACAAUCGAA